CAGAGGUGCGUACGUUUUUUGUAUUUAGCACAAAUAUUUUUUAUAUUGAGGAAGGGAUAGCAUAAAAUAAAAUAUUAACAAUAUGGUAGUAUCUUGUGUAAUAGAGUUCGAUAAUAGUUCUUCAGACACAUAUUUCGCUGACCAAAUUCUUAAGGGUAAAGUAAUACUCAAUGCAGAUAAGCCGAAAAAAAUCAAAGCUGUGGUAGUUAAAAUUGCUGGCUUUGCUAACAUAAAAUGGUCAGAAAAAACAAGUUCAUCGAGCACGGAUAGUAAAGGAAAAACGACAUAUAUACCCAGCACAUAUUAUACGGGACGUGAGGAUUACUUAGCAAAAUCAAUAUGUAUUUUAGGUACCGAUAAAGGACAAUCCGAAGUCACAAUAGAACCAGGUAAACAUAUUUACAGUUUCGAUUGCCAUAUUCCGCCACAUUGUCCCACCUCUUUUGUGGGUCGUUUUGGGCAUAUCAGAUAUGUAGUGCAAGUGAUACUUACACGUUCGUGGAAAUCUGAUCUGGUAUUCACAAAGGACUUUACCGUAUUAACAAUAAAAGAACUUAAUUACGAACCAAAUUUGCUGUUGCAACCAGUGCACACUUCUGCACAGAAGACAGUAAGCAGUUGGCCAAAUAAAUCGGCACCAUUGCAAUUGGACUUAGAUCUGUUACAGAGUGGUUUUGUGCCUGGACAGCAAAUACCCAUUUCGUUGUUGGUUACAAAUGACAGUCAUAUACCUGUCGAGGAAAUACAUGUUACACUUUGUAUGAUUGUAUUUUAUUAUAGUCAGAAACCUUUAAGGAUAACGAAAAGAGAACGGAUUCCGUUAAGCGCUAUAAAAUCUGUCGGAGUACAACGCAACUGUAAAAAAUUAUUCAAUUAUGAACUGCAAGUUCCUGCCACACCACCAAGUAACAGCUUUGGUUGUAGUAUACUAGAAAUUGCUUACGAAAUUUUAGUACAAGCAAAACUUAAGGGUGUUCGCGUUGAUCAUGUCAUUUGUGCACCAGUCAUUAUUGAGCAAGUACCACAGAAAAAUGAAAUACUUCAAAAAUCCGUAAUGACGUCUAGUGAAAUGAACACUAAAAUACAAGACGAGAGUCAACGUAACGAAACCUUCAUAAAUAGUGAUGUUAACACUACGAAUUCUGCACUUCCGACUUAUGAAGAAGCAACUCUUCCGACUGGUGGAAAAAUCUGCUUUGAAGAAAAUCAU